UAACAUCAACAAAAAAUAUAUAACCAAACACCACAAAAACCACCUGAAUUAAGUGCUAUCAAAUCAAUCAAUCAAUCAAUCAAUGACAAGUGACCCAAAAUAAAUAAAUAAAAAAAAAAUUUUAACUUUCAAGUGUAGAGCAAGUGGUUGUGAACAACAAUACGUAUAACUAAAAAAUGAAAAAAAUUCAUCAUGGAUCCCGUUAAUAAACGUUUACAAUAUUCAUCAUCAGAUGUUGAUGAUAGACAAACUGCUGUUUAUACAUCAACAGCAACAACAACAAAUACUGCCCAUACAACAACAAAUAUUAUUGGACAGCGACCACGACAACGACCACGUCAAACAACAACAACGUCAACGAUGAUUAGUAAUAGUCCAAAUAAAUCAAUCACAACAACACCUACCACCGCCAACACCAACACGACAAUUAUUCGACAACAACAACAACGUGCAAUGAUGGUGGCUACACCACAAUCAAUAAAAUCUGAUAAAUUUAUCGAUCUAGGUUAUGAUUCAUUACAUUCUACACCAAAACAACAAUUAAUUGAUGAUCAUCAUCGUGGUAAUAUUUCCAUUGAUCCGGCAUCAUCAUCAUCAUUAUUAUUAACAAGACAAAAUUCUCUAUAUGAUGACGAUGAAUUAUCAAAUUAUGAAAUCGAUAAUAGGCCAUUGAAACAAAAUGAAAAUAGUGGCAACAAUAAUAGAUAUAGAUCAUCAACAAAAGAUGCCAAAAAACAACAUCAAUGGAACAACAACAAAACUAUGAAUCAAAAAUCGAAUGAUGAAAUGAAACAACAAACAUCGACCAUUACAAGUACAAGUACAAGUACAACAACAAGUAGUCCAAGUAGUAUGAUCAAUACAGGUGAUCAUGGUGGUCAUACAGGAAAAAAAAUUGAACGUGAACAAUGGGGUAAAAAAAUUGAUUUCCUUUUAUCGAUCAUUGGAUUUGCUGUUGAUCUUUCAAAUGUUUGGCGUUUUCCAUAUCUUUGUUAUAAAAAUGGUGGAGGUGUAUUUCUAAUUCCAUACACAACAAUGUUAUUAUUUGGCGCACUACCAUUAUUUUUUAUGGAACUUUCAUUAGGUCAAUGGGCUAAAACUGGACCAAUUAGUCUUUGGGAUAAAAUAUGUCCACCAUUGAAAGGAAUUGGUUAUUGUUUUGUUCUGAUUUCUUGGUAUGUUUCAUUCUAUUACAAUGUUAUUAUUGCAUGGACCACAAGCUAUGUAAUUAAAACAAUUAUAUCUGGAAAUCUAAUGCCUUGGCAGCAUUGUAAUAAUUGGUACAAUACAGAAGAUUGUAUAUCAAUGGAAGAGAUUAAAAAUCUUAAAUGUGGUCAACAAAAUAUUGUCAACGAAACAGCAAUAACAACAACAGCGAGAUCUAUUAUCAUCAAUCAAAGUUUGCCUUUGAAAAAAUUAUUAUUCUCAAAUCGUAAAAUGACAAAUUCAACAUCAUCAAUAGGCACAAAUCGUCAUGAACAAUAUGAUAUUGAAAUGAUUUGUCAAAGACUUUCGAAUCGUACAUCACCAACUGAAGAAUUUUUCAACCGUGGCCUAUUGGAGAUUGAUCAAUCACGAGGAUUAGAAAGCCUCGGUCAUAUUCGACUUGAAUUGGUCGGAUGCCUUCUGAUUGUCUUCAUAAUUCUAUAUUUUUCACUAUUCAAAGGUGUAAAAUCCUCUGGAAAAGUUGUCUGGGUUACAGCAACUGCACCGUAUUUUAUUUUGACCAUAUUAUUGAUACGUGGCCUAUUUUUACCUGGAUCAAUUUCAGGAAUUCUUUAUUAUAUAAAUCCACAAAUGCAUAAACUGCUAGAACCAAUGGUUUGGGUAGAUGCUGCCGUACAAGUAUUUUAUUCAAUUGGUGUUGGUUUCGGUGUCCAUUUAACAUAUGCCUCAUUCAAUAAAUAUAAUAAUAAUUGUUACCGGGAUUGUUUGAUUACCGUUUCCGUAAAUUCAUUGACAUCAUUCUAUUCGGGAUUCGUUAUAUUCACCUAUUUGGGUUAUAUGGCCACCUCGAUGAAUAAAGAAAUUGAAAAUGUUGCCAGCGAAGGAUAUGGACUGGUGUUUCAAGUAUAUCCAGAGGCUAUUUCUACCUUGCCAUUUGCUAAAUUCUGGUCAUUAUUAUUCUUUUUCAUGUUACUGACAUUGGGAAUUGAUUCUGCGAUGGGCGGAAUCGAAGCCGUCAUUACUGGAAUUAUGGAUGAAUUUGAUCUUCAUAAACGUUUUAGACGUGAAUAUUUUACUGGCAUUGUGAUUAGUGCUUCUUUUCUUGGUUCACUUAUCAAUUGUACACAGGGAGGCGCAUUCACAAUGGUUUGGUUCGAUACAUAUUCUGCCGGAAUUUCAUUGAUAGCAUCGGCAAUGUUUGAAACAUUAGCUGUUAUGUAUAUUUAUGGAGCUGAAAAAUUUUGCCUUGAUAUUGAAUCAAUGAUUGGCCAUAGACCAAGUCGUUAUUUUGUUUAUUCAUGGAAAUAUAUUUCACCAGUAUUUCUUACUACAAUAAUAAUAAUGUCAAUUAUAAAUUCUGAAUCAAUUUCAUAUUAUGGUUAUAAUUUUCCAUUAUGGGCCACAAUAUCUGGAUGGUGUUUUACAUUAUCAUCAAUUUCAUUCAUACCAUUAUAUGCUGGAUUCUAUUUUAUACGUAAUCAUUAUCGUAAUAAUAAUGCAUCAAAAUCAUCAUCAACAAAGAUAAUGAAAAAUUCAAUGAUUAAAAUAGCAAAAAAUUCAUCCUUCAAUUCAUCAAAAGAUGGAAAAGAACCAACUGAAAUGUUGGUCAUGUUAACAACAACAACAACAAGUGGUCAUAAUGGUCACAAUGAUGAGGAAAAUAAAACCAAACAAUAUUCUUCCAUGAUUUCAAAUAAUGUUGUUGUCGCUGGUGACGGUGGUGGUGUUUAUGUUUGAAUCUCUCAUUCUGUCAUUUAUUCUCUUUGUCCUUUGUUGUCAUUUUUGCUUUCAAUUCAUUUAUUCAUUCAUUCAUCAUUAUCCGUUCAUUUCUUUUUUGCUAAAAAAAAUUGUUGCUAUUUUGCUUGUUUUCUGUCUUAUUACCAACUAGCAUAAAAAAAUUAUACAAACAGAUUAAAAUUGUUGAAAAAUUAC